AUGUCUUCCGAAACCACACCCCCUCCCAAAACGACGCCCGACCUAACAGGCUAUACGCCCGAGUCGCCCUGGAGCAACACCUUCAACGUCUUCCUCGGGCGCAUGUCGCAAGCCGGGCAAGAAGAAUUCCGCGAAGAACUAUACAUCAAGCACGAGCCGCGGGACAACGCGAACGCGCAGCAAUGGCGGGACUGGUGUUUCCAAUACUCACCCACGGUGAUCUUCCUGCGGAAGAAUAUAGAGGCGUUGAAUGGGGACAUUAGUGCGAAGAAUGUGCAUUGCGUGAGGUGUCCUGGGAGGAGAGACGAGGAGGGACGAUGGCAUAGGUCGAGUGGAGGGUUCAAUCCGGAUGCGGGGAUUCGGAUUUGUGCGAAUGAGAUGAGGGAUAGGAAACAUUUGGAGGAUACGCUGGCGCAUGAGAUGGUUCAUGCGUGGGAUCAUUUGAGGUGGAAGGUUGACUGGUCUGAUUUGAGGCAUGCGGCUUGUACUGAGAUUCGGGCUUCGAGUUUAAGUGGUGAGUGUCGAUGGACCAGGGAAUUCUUCACAAGGGGAAACUGGAACUUGACACAGCAGCAUCAGAACUGUGUGAGGAAGAGAGCUGUUCAAUCAGUCAUGGCUCGUCCUAAUUGCAAUGACCGGGAACAUGCUACGAAAGUUGUAAAUGAAGUUUGGGAUUCGUGCUUCAACGAUACCCGACCAUUCGACGAAAUUUAUAGGUAA